AUGCCACCUACCCGAGGCACUAAACGCGUCGCCGAAGCCCCCCCUAAUGGCUCCCAAAAGCGCAGCGCUUGCAGUACUACCAAGCAGCCUAUCGCGCCCGAGGAGUCGCAACAGUUGUCCCUGCGCCAAUCGCCGCGCAAAGCCCUAGCGAUUGCCGUAUCCCAGGCCACCGAGGAGCGCCCAUUUAAGUCCCAGCUGCGCGACCUUAUGCCUGAGGAGGCUGUUGUCCCGCCCAUUAAGGGCUUAAAAGCUGCCACCGAGGCCACUACCGACAACGACAACAGCGCUAAUAUAGGAGGCUUUAACGCGCGCUUUGCGGACAACUUUAAGGGCAUUAAUUAG